CGUCAUGAUCGACGAUUGAGAUUAGACGGUUAAGCAGAUUGAAAGGUGGAUAUUAUUUAACAAAAAAUAAAAAACGGUAGCUGAGCUGGAGUGGAUGGGGUCUAACAAGGUGACAGGUUCCUCUCUGAGAUUAUAUAAUGUCCGAGUGCGAUCGUCAUUUUCCUCGUCGGAGAAUUCUCUCAAAGUCUUUCGAUAAUUAAUCAGUCAGUUAACAUGGGGACCAACUUCAAACCACUAGUACUGUUUCUGUUUCUUUCCUCACUGCUGUCUUCUUUGGUAUCCUCUGCACCCAAUGAUGGGCUGGUUAGACUUGGAUUGAAAAAGAUGAAAUUAGACGAAAACAGCCGACUUGCUGCUCGGCUUGAGUCUAAAAAUGCUGAGGCUUUGAGAGCUUCUGUGAGAAAAUAUGGUCUCCGUGGAGACUCUAAGGAUACUGAUAUUGUGGCACUAAAGAACUAUUUGGACGCUCAGUACUAUGGCGAGAUUGGCAUUGGUACUCCUCCUCAGAAAUUCACUGUAGUUUUUGAUACUGGUAGCUCCAAUUUGUGGGUGCCGUCAUCCAAGUGCAUCUUCUCAGUUGCUUGUUUCUUCCAUUCCAGGUACAAAUCAGGCCAAUCAAGUACCUACAAGAAGAAUGGGAAAUCUGCUGAAAUUCAUUAUGGUAGUGGAGCUAUUUCUGGUUUCUUUAGUUCUGACAAUGUUGUUGUUGGUAACCUGGUUGUCAAAGAUCAGGAAUUUAUUGAGGCAACCAAGGAGCCUGGUGUCACAUUUGUUGCGGCCAAGUUUGAUGGUAUCCUAGGGCUUGGGUUUCAAGAAAUUUCAGUUGGAAAUGCUGUGCCAGUCUGGUACAAUAUGAUUAAACAGGGCCUUAUCAAGGAACCUGUGUUUUCUUUUUGGCUUAACCGAAACACACAGGGAGAAGAAGGAGGUGAAAUUGUUUUCGGCAGCGUUGAUCUGAAUCAUUACAAAGGCAAGCACACAUAUGUUCCUGUGACACAGAAAGGUUAUUGGCAGUUUGAGAUGGGCGAUGUUCUUAUCGGUCAUAAACCAACUGAAUAUUGUGCUGGAGGUUGCUCAGCAAUUGCAGAUUCUGGAACUUCCUUGUUGGCCGGCCCAACGACCGUGGUUACCUUGAUAAAUGAAGCCAUUGGAGCCACCGGAGUAGCUAGCCAGGAGUGCAAAACCGUUAUUGCCCAAUAUGGAGAAACCAUCAUGGAUUUGCUCAUUGCCGAGGCUCAACCAAAGAAAAUCUGCUCACAGAUAGGAUUGUGCACAUUUGAUGGGACUCGUGGAGUUAGCAUGGGCAUUCAGAGUGUGGUGGAUGACAACAAUGAUAAGUCAUCUGGUAUUGUUCGGGAUGCUAUGUGCUCUGCUUGUGAGAUGACAGUUGUUUGGAUGCAGAACCAGCUGAGGGAGAAUCAGACACAAGAUCGCAUAUUGAACUAUGUCAAUGAGCUCUGUGAUCGAAUCCCAAACCCACUGGGAGAAUCAAUUGUUGACUGUGGAAGUAUCUCCUCAAUGCCUGUCGUUUCCUUCACUAUAGGAGGAAAAGUUUUCGAUCUUUCCCCACAGGAGUACAUACUUAAGGUGGGUGAGGGCGCACAAGCUCAGUGCAUCAGUGGCUUUAUGGCUUUGGAUGUGCCGCCUCCUCGUGGACCUCUUUGGAUCUUGGGAGAUAUUUUCAUGGGACGGUACCACACAGUUUUUGACUAUGGAAAUCUGAGAGUUGGGUUCGCGGAGGCAGCAUAAGGGAUCUUCUCUUGCAGGGCCUCCCUCUUUAAAAUGUUCCAUCAAUGUCUACUACAAAUAUUAUGUGAUAUGUAUCUUCCGACAGUGGUGGAAAUAUUGUUGAAUUAUAGUGAUUUUCCUAGCUUAAAAGUUAAAACCAAUAAUUUGCUUGUAAAUUUUUGGGUUUUCCUCCCUUUUGUUAAAUUCAGUGGUAACAGUAGAAAGAAGCUUGUGUUGUGCUUUACAGAAACGAAGUGAAUCUUGAAUGUGUUCUUGAUAGCUAAUAUGAAAUUCUGUAUCCAUUUGUCCA